UAUCGGUAGAUUUUCUGUUGCUGAAAAAGAGAGAAAACCCCUUCCCUAAGAGAAUUCAUCCCAGACCCCGCGAUUCGCUAAGUAGAAGGCAAGGAGCAGGAUGGCACCGAGUCUUCCAACCCGUCAAUUGGGCAAAGAUGGUCCCCAAGUAACCGCACUAGGCUUUGGCCUGAUGGGAUUGUCAAUCUUCUAUGGGAAAAAGCUUCCAGAUGACCAGAGGCUGAAGUUUUUGGACCAUGUCUUCGACUCAGGAGAGACCUUUUGGGAUUCUUCAGAUGUAUAUGGAGAUAGCGAAGAUCUGCUUGGCCAGUGGUUCAAGAAGACGGGUAACAGGAGUAAGAUCUUCCUGUGCACGAAAUUUGCCAACAUCCGACAACCCGAUGGAACAUCAAAGGUCAACAACGACCCGGCAUACAUCCGCGAGGCGUGUGCCAAAUCACACAGGCGGCUUGGACUAGAGCCGGGAGAUGCCAUCGAUCUGUACUAUUGCCAUCGUGUCGACCGGAACCAGCCCAUCGAGAUCACCGUCCAGACAAUGGCGGAGCUGAAAAAGGAAGGCAAAAUCCGCUAUCUCGGAUUGAGCGAGUGCUCUGCUGAUACACUCCGACGAGCUUGCAAGGUUCAUCCUAUUGCGGCUGUCCAAGUCGAGUAUUCGCCAUUUUCCAUGGAGAUCGAGCAUAACGAUCUCUUGAAAACGUGUCGAGAACUUGGAGUCGCAGUUGUAGCUUAUUCACCUUUCAGUCGAGGAUUUCUGACCGGCACGAUUAAGUCACACGACGACUUUGAACCAGAGGAUCGACGCCGAGCCAUGCCUAGAUACUCGAAGGAGAACUUCCACAAGAACAUGGAUCUUGUGAACGCCAUUAGUAGUAUCGCCGAGAAGAAAAACGUGACACCUGGUCAACUGACGCUGGCCUGGUUGAUGGCUCAAGGGGACGAUAUUAUUCCUAUUCCUGGCACGACCAAAGCGAAGAACUUUGACGAGAAUAUGGCCAGUUUGCAAAUAAAAUUGACGGCGGAAGAAGAGAAGGAAAUCAGACAGAAGGUCGAGGCCGCCGAGAUCACAGGCGACCGAUAUCCCGCAGCCAUGACGAAGCAUCUUUACGCCGACACUGUUCCUCUGAAGGAGUGAUUAUGCGUCUAGAUGGUGUGGGACAAAUAUUUUGCGG